CUACCAUUUGGUCGGAAUCCAAGCUUUUUCGGCCGUGCCGAUCUCCUAGAUGAGAUUCGUAAUGCUCUGGUAACUUCUGCGGAUGAACCGCAAUCAGUUAGGUCUGUCGCUUUGUGGGGUAUUGGAGGUAUUGGAAAAUCCCAAGUUGCACUUGAAUACGCCAACAAGCAGAUACAAGAGGAGUGCCAGCUUGUCCUGUGGAUCCCAUCACAGACAGCAAUGGACAUGUCGAGAGCUCUGGUUCAUGCGGCAGGCCAAGUACGCCCUCCAGGCUACGAGGAGAACAUGUCUGCAGAACGGAUUCGCUUCUUGAUGUGGAAUUGGCUCCAAACAACUGACGACAACGAUCUAUUGAAUUCCAACUGGCCUGUUACCGGCAACGGCCAAAUUUUGGUGACCUGUCGAAGCGAGCUCGUUGCGGCCUCCCCCGUCGCAAGCGCACUGGAGAUUCCUCCUUUCACGCCCGAAGAAGGCGGCAAGCUUUUGCUUAAUCUUGCUCGCAAGCAGAAUCCAACAAGCGAAGAUAUUUCUUUGGCUGAAGAGCUGUCUGAGAUGCUUGGAGGCCUGGCACUGGCAAUCCAGAUCACAGCUAGCCAGAUAUUUGUGAGAAGAAAGUCCAUGAAGCAUUUUCUGCCCUUUUUCAAAGAGAACAAGAAAUCCCUCCGCAUGCCACCGAAAUACGCCCCAAGGAACCCUUAUUAUACCGAUAAUCUCGAGACAGUGUGGAAGACCGCUUUCGAGAGCCUGGAUGAAAAUAGCUCCCGUCUACUAGGUUUGAUUUGUUUCUGUGCCCCUGACGACAUACCGCGCCAUUUAAUUAAUACGACACACGCAAUUCCGGACACCUGCUACGCAGAGGUUGAAGCGCAAUUGCUUCGGAUGUCCUUGAUUAAGAUCAACGAGGACUCUGAGAUGAUCUCGCUCCAUCGGCUUGUCCAAGAGGCAUACUACGAUUACCAAUCAGACACACAGCGCCAUGAAACUUUUCAAGUCAUCUAUCGCCUGCUGUGUGAAGCCUUUCCCAAACGAGAGCUGCGACGACAGAUGUAUCAAGUAUGGGACACGUGCGAGCUGCUAAUCCAUCACAUUGAGGCUGCCCAGGACAAAUACGAGGCGCUUAGG